AUGAUGUCAGGAGCGGGACUUGGGGCGAUUGCUUCUAGUAGGCCCACGAUCUCACCUCCCAACCCCCUACAUUCCAGACGUUCACAGGUCCAAAUGGAAAGAACAAAACGUAGCAAGAACAAAAAGCUGCAGCAGAAGAGAUCCCCGAUAAAGUUGAACUCAAGAAAGCCUCUACAGAUUUGGUCCCCGGUGAAAGAGAGGAAACCCAAAUCCAAGGGUCGUAUGGCGACGCUGACCUUGCAGGAGAUCAAUGCCUGGACGGAAGCAUCAAAACGACCAGUUGUUGGAGGCAGGGAGAAGAAUCCGGCGGGGCAGACCGAUCAGGUCGUGGUAGAUGACAGCCCGAUCGACGGCGCUCCAGUGUAG